GUGGAAUACAGAUAGAUGGAAAAAGACGUCAGUCACCAUUACGCGUCACCAAAUUUGAGUUAACAUUGGGAAGACAACACUUACGCCACUUCCAGGCGAGGUUUUUACCCUUUCCCAAUUUUAUCAUCCAUUGUCAACCGAUGUAUGCAGAGAUGGUGGCCAAAAUGUGUAGACGUCGUAAGGGAACAGUCGCUCUACUGUUGCUGUUAGGGGCUGCGGCAUUGGUUCACAUGUUGAUAUUUCUUUUUAUAGAUGGCCUAUCGAGAGGUCAAGCCACAGACUUAGCAGAAGAGAUAGUUGCUAUUGUACCACCGGUUGGCAAGGCUGGCUCUGGCGUAUCACCAGUAAAAGAAAAUCUUCACGAAAUUCACACUGUGGGCGUAAAACCGCCGCCCGUCAAGUCAUCUUCAGGAGAAAUCAUACACCUGGAUAAUCAAGGUUUUCUUCGUUUAUUGCCGGCUGCCAUGCCAACAAUAUAUGGACCCAAACCAUCCGUGUCAACAUUCCACAAAGGGGGUUCGUUAACCACAGCUCAUCAAUUUGGUCAGUAUUCAAAUACGACCUCAGACGUUGUCAUGUUGUGGUCACACUACACCGCAAUUCCGCAAGCGUUAAUGAAUAAAAUAGACACGUUUGUCAAGUUAAAUCGUGAGAAAAGUCUGGUUUUUGUAUGUGGAAGUCGUGAAUGUAUGAAUCAAAUAGACGGCAAGCUAUGGAAACACGGGAAAUCCCUGCGGUUACUGUUGCCUACGUUAGCAAAGGAUACACCUCUGGACGAUUUCGUUUCCAGGUCAGCGAUUCUCAAAUUGCUCAUGGGCCAUAGAUUUCAAGUACUCGUGCAUGAAAUAAGUGUUUUACUCGCACUGUGGACAUUUGGUGGAUUGUACAUAGAUACUGCAUCAAUAAUGACGUCAAAAUUACCAGAUCAAUAUUUCAAGGGUGAAUGGGUGGGUAAUGAGAGUAUGUUUUCGAUAUCCAGAUUUGAACGACGUUCUCCGUUCAUCAAAAAUGCCAUGGCUGUGAUUCAGUCGGCUUAUAGUAGCCAAAGUAGAAGUCAAAUCCAAAAAUGGGACACUGAUUCGAUAUUGUUGAGUUCAAAAGUUCUAAGCCAGCUAGACAAUAGACAAGUUGAAGUGGGUCCUCGAGAAGAUGCGUUAAAUUUCUCUCGACGUGACCACUAUGGGGUAUUGACUUUUGACCAUCGAGCUACUGUGGCAAAAGAUAUCAACGCCGGAGAUGAGAUUCAGACCUUAGCAGCUCUCCAGUUUCUUCCUUUUGUUGAUCGAUUUGUGGACCGUGACACAUGGGACGUCACAUGUAUAGAGACUCAUGCGCCGUCAGACAAUGAUGCCAAAUGUGUCAGUGUGACAGAAUACACCAGAUUUAUAACUCACAGUAAUCCAAAGAAUAGUUCUUUUUAUUUGACCAAAAGCGAAGUUGGCGAUGGCAAUUUUGAAGCUAAAGCUAAGCUAAGAAAAGGGUCCACUGUCUCCAGCCAAGCCAAUAACCCCAAUGAAACAAUUACGAUAUUUCUAAACGCAUGGUAUAACUCCGCUGACAUGAUAUGGCCACCAAAAGGUAAUCUUAAUCCUUUAAUGUUAUCGAUGUAUUUUGGACCAAAUUUCUGGAAUAAGCUUUUAACUGUAUCUGGGGAGAAUUACCUGAAAAAUCAUGGCCCUGUAGGAGCUCGUGAUGAAAACACAUUCAGAGUUUUACGAGAUAAAAAAUUUUUGGUAUAUAUGUCGGCCUGUUUGACACUUUUGAUGCAUAAUCCUAAUCUGGAAAUUACAAGAGAGGACGUUCUUGUCGUCGACGUGGAUCAGCGAGCUCUGGAAUUAAUUGUUCCUUAUCACAUACGAAAAUCGGCAAUUACUGUUACCCAUAACUUGCCCAGUUCGAUGAAAUUUGACAGAAUAGCGCGCUAUGAAGCAGCACACCAUUUAAUGGAACUAUAUUCGCGCGCAAAACUGGUUUUGACGUCACGCAUUCAUUGCGCUCUUCCGUGCAUUGCCAUGGGAAUUCCAGUGGUGUUUGUGGAAACGGAUGUCUUACCUGGUGGAGGAGGCAAUCGAUCAGAAGGUUUAACUAAACUAUUCCAUACAGUAACGGUGGACAGAAUGAUGACGUCAUUCAAGGGGUUGGAAAACUUUAACUGGGACAAACCAGAAAACAUAAAGCGUGAAAUUUUUGCUCGCUUCCGCGCCACACUGUGGCACGAGAUUAGAAAAUUUCCUGCAUUUCGAGAAAUAGCUAUUACCUUUGGGAUAGUUCCUUUAAAAUCAUUAAGGCGAUUUGAAGAUAAGAAAAGCAGUGUGUUGACGUUCUUUCAGGUUUACACGUCGUCUGAAUUGACGCAGAGGAAUCGACGUUCACUCGAGAGUAUUUUUUACCACCAUCCCAACGCGAGAAGUGCGCAUUUUAAGCAAUAUUCUGUCACAUAACAAGGUUUCUGCGUUUUCUGAAGCAGGCUUUCAUGUACAGGUGGAAAACUACACCCUAAGAAAUUUACUAAAGAAUAUUCAAAAUCUGGAUUCACA